AUGGCAAAGUGUAGCCCCAUCAAGACCGAAGUGGACAUGAGAGAUGGGAUUCGAGCUGGGACCUUGUCGAGCGGCUCAACGCCUUCGGGCACGCCGCGCCUCUUCUCCGACUUUGACCCUGUUCCCAGCGACCGUCGCCAGCGAAUCGAGAGAGAACACGAAAAGUUUCCCAGGGGUAAGCGUGGAAAGGGAAGCGGACCCGUUUCCCUGGCGCAAGGGCAAAUUGAGCUCUAUACGCUGAUGAGAGCACCUCGAAAUACUACCCCUGACCCUGACCCUGACCCUGACCCUGACUCUAAGCAUAAGCCUGACUUGCUAAGCACUUUGCCCUCGGAGAUUCGCCAAAUCAUCUACAUGUUCGCGCUGCGUCGAGUGGAGUGGAGAAUUGUAGACAACGAUGACUUCCAACACAAUGACUUUCCUCGGGGUAUAGGGGACCCCAGCGGCUUCUACUAUCCAUUAAGAAAAGCAUCAUCGGUUCUUCGACUCAAUAAGCAGAUACGCGAGGAAGCGCUGCCCUUGGCCUUUCGCCUCACCAAAUUUUGCUUCGAUAGCCCGCAUAGCGCUACCAUGUUCCUUAUGGCAGUUGUUUUUCGAUUUGAUAUCUCAAAGACCGCAGAAGCCAAGACAUCCUCGCCUAGUUAG